AUGGAUUCCUAUUGGAAAGAAGUAGAAGGCAAAAGGCUCCACGACCCUCUAACCCAAAAACAAAAGCAUGGCGACCCAGUUCCACAAAUUUGGGUUCAAGGCCCUCUCAUAGUCGGCGUCGGACCAUCAGGGCUAGCCACCGCUGCAUGCCUAAAGCACAAGGGCAUCCAAAGUUUGAUCCUUGAGAGAGCCGAAUGCAUAGCUUCCUUGUGGCAGUUCAAGACCUAUGACCGUCUCCGCUUGCAUCUCCCAAAGCAAUUUUGCGAGCUUCCACUCAUGCCUUUCCCCUCUGAUUUCCCCACUUACCCAACAAAGCAACAAUUUUUAGCCUAUUUGAAGGCCUAUGCUGAUUACUUUAAGUUGAAGCCAGUGUUCAACAGCACGGUGACGAAGGCAGAGUGGGAUGAGCGAUGUGGGUUUUGGAGGGUGAAGGCUGUUGUUGUGGGGAAGUGUGUUGAGUAUCUUUGCAAAUGGUUGAUUGUGGCUACUGGUGAAAAUGCUGAAGAGUUUGUCCCUCAAAUUGAUGGGUUGGAGGAAUUUGAAGGCCCCGUUGUUCAUACUAGUUCUUACAAGACGGGAGGAGAGUUUCGUGGGAAGAAAGUUUUGGUCAUUGGAUGUGGCAAUUCCGGUAUGGAAGUUUGUCUAGAUCUAUGUAACUUCAAUGCCUUCCCCCAUCUUGUCGUUCGCAAUUCGGUGCACAUUCUACCUCAUAAGAUGUUGGGAAGAUCAACUUUUGGGUUGUCCAUGUGCUUGCUAAGAUGGCUCCCCAUGCGUAUAGUGGAUCAAUUUCUUCUUCUUCUUUCACGUAUGAUAUUGGGAGAUACAUCUAGAUUGGGGCUUCACCGCCCAAAACUUGGCCCUUUACAGCUCAAGAAUCUGUCUGGGAAAACGCCUGUUUUAGAUGUUGGGACUUUUGCAAAAAUCAAAAGUGGCAAAAUUAAGGUUCGUCGAGGAGUGUCGAGACUAAGCCGACAUACCGCCGAGUUCGUCGACGGGAGCGUUGAAAGCUUCGAUGCUAUCAUUUUGGCCACCGGUUACAAAAGCAAUGUGCCCUCUUGGCUAAAGGAAAGCAAGAUGUUUAGCGAGAAAGAUGGGAUGCCAAGGAAGGAAUUUCCAAAUGGAUGGAAAGGAGAAUGUGGGCUAUAUGCAGUUGGGUUCACAAAGAGAGGGCUGCUUGGAGCUUCAAUGGAUGCAAGAAGAAUAGCUGAAGAUAUUGAGGUUAUUUGGAAAGCUGAUGAAUCUGCAUUAAUGGCUUUCACUCACUCUUCUGUAUUGCCUCAAUCACGAGUCCAAAGGCACGAUUAAAGGAACCACUUUUGAGCUCACAAACACAAAAGUGAUGCACUUUCAUUGUUGCUUUUGUCAUCUGUGGGGUUUUUGUAGCCAAAAAGAAAAGAUCCCAAAGUUAUU